GAAACCCUCAUCUUAGCUUUUCACUAUCGUAGUUAUCACAUCAAUCCAAUCUCUUUUCACCAUGGCACAAACCCUGACACGUGCCGCCACUUCCACCUUCACGCGCCACCUUGCUCUCUCCUUCCACAUCCCUAAACGCCUCCUCUCCUCAAAAUCCAUCACCCACUCACCUCCUAUCCCUUCUCUCCGCUUCUCCCGCCGUGUUUCCCCUCUUUCCCAUGCCGUCCGAUGUCUCCCUCUCGCUGCCACGCGCUUCACCUCCAUCCGGUGCCGCGUCAACCGCUCCGGUAACUCCGCUUACUCCCCGCUCAACUCGGGGUCCAACUUCAGCGACCGGCCGCCCACCGAAAUGGCACCGCUGUUUCCCGGGUGCGAUUAUGAGCACUGGCUUAUCGUUAUGGAUAAGCCUGGUGGAGAAGGAGCUACCAAGCAGGAAAUGAUUGAUUGCUAUAUCAAAACUCUCGCUAAAGUCGUCGGCAGUGAGGAAGAAGCUAAGAAGAAGAUCUACAAUGUUUCGUGCGAGAGGUACUUUGGAUUCGGAUGCGAGAUCGAUGGAACUUCAAAUAAGCUAGAAGGAUUGCCCGGUGUUCUCUUCGUUCUCCCGGAUUCUUAUGUUGAUCCCGAGAACAAGGACUAUGGGGCUGAACUGUUUGUUAAUGGGGAGAUUGUCCAAAGAUCACCCGAAAGACAAAGGAGGGUGGAACCACAGCCUCAAAGGGCACAAGACAGACCGAGGUACAACGACCGGACUCGUUACGUUCGUCGUAGAGAGAACAUGCGGGGAAACCAAUGAUUACAAAGAAAUAAAACGUUUUAUAAAAAUCUUGGAAGCCGUGAAUUGAACUGUGUUAAGUGUUCCUUGAUAUAUGGAAGCAUUAUCGUUUUGAAGACUUGGAUAAAAGAGCUUAGAUUGGUUGUUUUUGAUGUAGUUCUGUUUCUAAACUUAAA